GUUUUUCGAGCAGUUGCAGACAUUUUUCAAAAACAUCUGGCAUCUCUGUGUCUGUCUCUGUCAUGCUAUCAAAAUUAGUGGAUGAAUUCGGUUCGGAUACUGUGUCACUUGGAUUGUAAGUAGUGGUGCAGUAGACAGUGGUGUAUAAUGAAUGUGGCUGACCCGUGGAGUAGCAAUAGUAAUACGUCGUCUAGUGAAAUCAGUCAGCGCGAUGAUUCGGAUUCCCCAUUUCUAAAGUUUGAAGACAAUUUUGAACCACCUAAAGCUCCUGAGCAAAAUAUUCAACAACCCCAAGAAGGACGAUUACCGGAUUCUGAUAAUUAUCUGGCUGUAUUAGAGAGAAAACUGAAGAGAUUGAAGACAAACCCCAGCGUAUUGCAGCAGCUUGCAGAGCGUCGAGAGGUUUGCAUGCAACAUUUACUUAACGAUAGCGCUUUCGGAAGAUCUGAUCCUUCAGAUUUAGAGUUGCUAGAGUUAGAAGAACCAGUCAACAACUACGAGCUAUUACGUUUCAUCAAACCAGAACAGGCGUUAUCAGUUGCUGAACUUGUAAAUCUGGUAAAGUACGAUCAUCUUGAAUCAGAUCCGGCAAAUCUUCGUGAGCACGAGGACGUUGCAAGCAGCAAAGAGGGAGAGGAGAGUGGAACCGAAAGCUCGACCAGUCGCUAGUAGUCUAUAGUCACAG